AGAUAAAGGACGGAGAAACACAAACGGCACUUCCGGUUCAAUACUGCAGCACACAACACGGCCACGUGCGCGAAGGAUACGAUGGAUACGUAUGUGAAAAAUCUGCUCAACGGCUGGAACAUGCCGGAGCUGAUAAAAGUGUUUCAAGAGGAGGAAGUCGAUGAGGCCGCAUUCAAGUGCCUGAAGUACGAUAUGAUCAAGGAGAUAAUACCCCGGAUUGGCAAGCGGGCCAAGUUUGUGCAGCGCUACGAGGAGUACAAGGAGAACCUAACGGAACGGCCCGCAUUCGCCGAGCUGCAGCUGGACGAGAAGGACCGAUUCUCACCGCAGUCGGCCACGCAAAAGCCGCCCCGCAUCGAUUGGGGCCGCAUCGAGAAGGUUUGCGGCCCGGUACCGAUCUAUCUGAAAAAUCUGCUCAAAAUGUGUGGCUACGAGGCGGAGAGCAGCUUGCGGAACCUGAACGACGACGACUUCAUCGACAUGGAACGGUUCGCCCGGGAGGAGCUGAUCCACCUGGUCCCGGCCACGCAGUUCUACUUUCACAUCUUCUGCAGUGAUCCGGCGCGCGAGUUCCGGCUGGUGCCCGGCCACCGGAAGCUGCUGUUGCAGAUCAGCGCGUACCUGAACUACACCAAGGUGGCUAGUGAAAUCCAGCGGCCCGAGCCUCCGGUUCUCCGAGUCCCGACGGAACUGACGAUCCAGCGAGAGCGCGAACGUGAGCAUCGAUUGUUGCUUCAGCAGCAACAAGCGCAACAGGCACAACAGGCCCAACAGGCACAACAGGCUCAGCAGGCACAACAGGCACAACAGGCUCAGCAACAACAACAACAACAGGCGCAGUUACUGCAGCAGCAGCAACUGUUGCAGGAGGUGGUCCGGAUGCACCAGCAACCCCUGUCCGAGAUGCAGGAGCAGAUGCUGACCGAGAUCAAGAUGUCGCACAAAAACUCGCCCCUCGCGUUCGAACAGGCCACCGUCUUCCCGCCGCUCAGCGACGAGGAGCGCAUCAAGAAGAUCCAGGGCUGCAUCGUGAAGCUGAUCGAUAUGUGGAGCGAAAAGCAACCGAUCAAGCUGCAGAUCACGGAGGAGAUGAUCAACGUAACCUACGAAACUAACGGGUACAAUGCUUUCAUCAAAUGCCCGAUGUGUGCGGUGCAGAUCAAGGUGUCGAAGUUGCCCACCAAGAAGGGCGAUCGGUUCGUGAUCUCGAACUUCUCGAAGCACAUCAUCAAGAUGCACUUUUCGCAGCUCACCGAGGGUGGCGGUGUCGGUGGGGGCCUCAACUCUUCCGGUGGUCCCGGGACGGACCACCGCCAGCUGACACUCGAAAACGUGGCGGCGUACUAUGGGGGAGAAAACUCCGACAGCAACCCGUACGAUGACUACGGUUCCGGGAAGCGCCAGAAGCUGGAGGACGACGAGGACGACAUGGAUCCGAUGCCACCGCACUUGCUGCACCCGUACGUUAGCAUUAAGGACGAAAUCAUCGAUCUGGAUGCGUAGCGUCGGGCGAAUGUUCUGUCACGGUGGUGCGAGUGUUUUCUAUUGUGCCCCAAAGAGCCCUACGCUAAUAGACAAACACAGGGAGAGAGAGAGAGAGAGAGGGAUCGCGCUCGGCACGAUAUUUUCAUUUUCCUCAAAACGAACCAAAUAGACUCUCUUAGGUGGUAAAUAGGGGCCGGAAGAAAGUGGUACUGAAAUUACGAGCCACCGCCGAUCGGCGAUGGAUCGUUAGAACGUGUUGGAAAUGAAAGGUGGGAUUUACUUUUAAUCGAAUAGUCACGCGCGAAAGCGUAAUCGCAGGACUAUGGUACGCGAA